AUGACGGAGGUGGCGCUUCUCCGGGGCGCGACCAACCUCGCUUCCCCCGCAAGCCGCGGCCCCUCCUCCUCCCUGCGCUAUUUAGCCAAUGCCGACAGCGACGUGCUGCAGAGAGGCGGCAGCGGAGAGAGCCCUACAGGAUCCGCAGGACGGACUGAGCGAGAGGUACAAGGAUCGGAGGAAGAGGAGCGGUGGUCUUUCUUGGCGCUGCUGCUUGCGCUGCUGCGGAAGUCGUUUCUCGGUUGCAGGGAGGAGGGCGACCAAGGCGAAGGUUGUGCGAUGGAGAUCGGGUGGCCGACGGAGGUGCAGCACGUGGCGCAUGUCACCUUUGACAGGUUCCAUGGAUUCCUGGGGCUGCCCGUCGAGUUCGAACCCGAGGUGCCCCGCCGCGCUCCCAGUGCCAGCGCAAGUGUCUUUGGAGUUUCAACAGAAUCAAUGCAGUGUUCGUAUGAUCCCAGAGGAAACAGUGUUCCGACAAUUCUCUUGAUGAUGCAGAGACGUCUUUAUGAACAAGGUGGUCUUCGGGCAGAAGGUAUUUUUCGUAUAAAUCCAGAGAAUAGCCAGGAGGAGCUUGUGAGAGACCGGUUAAACAGCGGAAUCGUGCCGUAUGGUAUUGAUGUCCACUGUUUGUCAGGUCUAAUAAAAGCAUGGUUUAGAGAACUGCCGAGCGGGGUGCUGGACCCUAUUCCACCUGAACAGGUGAUGCAAUGCCAAUCUGAAGAGGAUUGUGCUCGGGUUGCCAAAUGCCUCCCACUAGCUGAAGCGGCCUUACUUGACUGGGCCGUUAAUUUGAUGGCUGAUGUCGUCCAAGAAGAAAAGAUAAACAAGAUGAAUACUCGAAACAUUGCUAUGGUUUUUGCACCAAAUAUGACUCAGGAGCUUACUGGUGACAAUAUCAUGCAGAUGGCAGAUCCUUUGACUGCACUAAUGUAUGCAGUCCAAGUGAUGAAUUUUCUCAAGAUGCUAAUAGAGAAGACCCUGAAGGAUAGAGAGGAGUCCAAUCUGGACGAUGUGUCUUUGCCCCAAAAGGACCCGUCUGAUGAAAACGGGCAUCAUAACCCUGGCUUCGCCGUUGAUUCUCACCGUGCGGAAGGAUCAAGGCGUCCUUCUUUCUUCAGCGAGGAACCCCUUUUGAACAGCCCUGCACACAGCACCGAAGACAAGCCUAACGAGACCAAUCCUACCGGAGGAGACUCUGCACCUUCUGGCCAGAUAUUGAACACAGUGGGCUCUUGUCGAUGGUCCCAACCUCUACCUGCUGCUUCAGCCACCACUGAUAUUUCCUUGGCUGCAGCACUGAACUCACUGCAAGGCAAUGGGAGCCGUAGCCUGAAUAGUAGUAGGAGGACAAGGAAGGGCAAGGGGCAGUCCGGAACACCCGCCGUCGCUCCUCCAACCGAGAAAAAAUCACGAGGUGCAAGCAUCGUGAGCCGGUUAAACUCCACGGUCGAACGGAUAGAAGCGUGGAGAUGA